AUGUCAAGUACACCACUCACAGGUACAACUACCACUACUACUACUACUACCGCACCUCCAAUAUCCAAUCCACAAGCUCCAGUAAGAGCAAACUCGAUAUCCACUCGACACAAUAGUACGACCACUAUACUUAACAAUUCUUCUGCUUCUGUUUCUGCUUCUCAUAAUGGCACUUCAAAUUCGCCAGCAAUUUCUCGUGAAAAUAGCAUCUCGGUGGCUUCACUUCAACUGCAUAAACUGAUUGCUGCUCAACACACAGUCUCCUUUUCAAACUUACAAUCUCAUGAAAGAUCUCGUCGUUUCACUAUUCUGGCUCAACCAGGCACAUCAUCAUCUUUGGCUGAUUCGGGUCUGAGUUCAAGUCCAGCUCCGUCACGAAAAUCAAGUGUUAAACGUUCAAGCCACAGCCAUAAUGUGACUCCAAAUACUUCUACUUCAAACGGAAAUGGUGGUUCCAGUGGUGGUGGGGACUUUCUACAGUUUGUUCCCUCAAAACGAACAAGCCCUCCAACUUUUAUAACAGUCAAUUAUUUAUCUGAUCUGCCGGAUACUCUGACAAUCCCGUCAUCUUCUUAUUCAUCUGUACCUUUCACAAAUACCAUAUCGCCUACAACUUCAGCAAAACAGGUUCCAACUGUGUCUUCUACUACUGCUACUUCAAGUAUGACUCAUAAAUUACCAACCCUUACUACUCAAGGUCUUCCAAUCAACCCAAACUUUUCAAUGACAACUCCAAUUACUCCAACUGCUACUCCACAACAGGAAUUACGGACGCGUACAAAUCUGCUAUUACGAUCACCUCAAAAUGUCGGUGACUCUUCGAGUUCAGAACCAGUACAAUUCCGAGAACCUACUAUAUCAAGAAACACUUCCAUGAGUAAGAAGCCUUCUAAAGUGCCAAAACAAGUGGUUGAAACAGCUGGUCCAGCUGUUCCAUUCCAACAAUAUGUCAGCAACGAAGAUGAUGGCAAAUGUCAUAUUCUUGUGGCUUGUACUGGGUCUGUGGCUACCAUUAAAGUGCCAAUGAUAAUAAACAAGUUGUUUCAAAUUUAUGGCACUUCCCGUAUUUCUAUCCAGUUAAUUGUUACCAAACAUGCAUGUCAUUUCCUUAAAGGGUUGAAGAUCCAUCAAGAUGUUAAAAUAUGGCGUGAUGAAGACGAAUGGACCAAUUUUAAAGAUGUAGCAAAGGAACCCAACAAUAAUACUCCUUCACAUUCCACUGCUAUUAAGAAUUGCAAAUUAAUUCUUCACAAUGAGUUACGUAAAUGGGCCGAUAUUAUGUUGAUUGCUCCUCUUUCUGCCAAUACUUUGGCUAAAAUUGCCAAUGGUAUAAGUGACAAUCUUUUGACAAGUAUCGUUAGACUGUGGGGGCCUUGUAACCCACAAGCAUACCCCCCAGCACAAGGAACUAUUCAAGAAGAACAAAAUAAACCCAUUUUGGUGGCUCCUGCCAUGAAUACGUUUAUGUAUACCCACCCAAUAACUGCAAAACAGCUUCUCGCUAUAAGCAGCUCUGAUGGAGGUUUUGGAAUAGAAGUCUUGAAACCGGUGGAAAAGGUAUUGGUGUGUGGAGAUAUAGGGAUGGGAGGUAUGAGAGAAUGGAGUGAAAUCGUUGACAUCAUGAGAGCAAGAAUCAAACAACUUCGAGAGUCAACUGAUAAGGUUGAUGAAGAAGAUGAAGAGGAGGAAGAUGACGAUGACGAUGAAGACGAUGAUGAAGAUGACGAUGACGAUGAAGAAGAAGAAGAAGAUGACGAUGACGAAGAAGAUGAAGACGAAGAAGAUGAACAGGAGGACAUUAAUUAA